GGAGCGCACCGCGGCCCGGCGGGCACCGCUCCGCACCGCGCCCGGAGCGACCCCCAUGAGAGCAGGGGGGGCGGCCCCCCGCCUGCCUGCCUGAGCACGGAGCGCUCCCCCCCGCCCCCCAUGCGCCCUUAGUCCCGGCCCCGGGGCCCGCCUCCCUCGCUCCCCUCCCCGCCGGCGGCGGCGGCAGCGGCAGUGUCCAGGUGCGGACUUCAAACCCCAGCGCGAUGGCGUCUAACGCGGCCGAGAGGGAGAUCCUCUUCACCGAGCUGCAGGGGGAUGCCAAAAGUCUCCUUGCCUCUGAGAACGUGAGCACUGGCCAAAAGUUGGACUUUGCAGAUACUAUGGUACAGCAGAAGCUGGAUGAAGUAAAGGACCAAAUCAAGCGGGAAAUAAGGAAGGAACUUAAAAUCAAGGAGGGAGCAGAGAACCUCAGGAAGGUCACAACGGAUAAAAAGAACUUGGCAUAUGUGGACAACAUCUUGAAAAAGUCAAACAAGAAGUUGGAAGACUUGCAUCAUAAGUUACAGGAGCUCAAUGCACACGUUGUAACAGACCCAGAAGAUGUUGCAGAUUGUCCCAGGACUCCUGAUACUCCAAAUAGCGAUCCUCGUUUUUCUACUAACAACAGAUUGAUGGCCUUAAAGAAGCAAUUGGAUAUAGAACUGAAGGUGAAACAAGGAGCAGAAAAUAUGAUACAGAUGUACUCAAAUGGCUCUUCAAAGGAUCGGAAACUUCUUGCCACAGCUCAGCAGAUGCUCCAGGACAGCAAGACGAAAAUAGAAGUUAUAAGGAUGCAGAUUCUUCAGGCAGUCCAGACCAAUGAAUUGGCUUUUGAUAAUGCAAAGCCUGUGAUAAGCCCUCUUGAACUCCGAAUGGAAGAAUUACGGCAUCACUUUAGGAUAGAGUAUGCUGUAGCAGAAGGUGCAAAGAAUGUGAUGAAAUUACUUGGAUCUGGGAAGGUCACCGACAGAAAGGCACUUUCAGAAAAGGCUCAAGCAAGAUUUAAUGAAUCAAGCCAGAAGUUGGACCUCUUGAAGUAUUCACUGGAACAGAGAUUGAAUGAACUUCCUAAAAACCAUCCCAAAAGCAGUAUUAUUAUAGAGGAGCUUUCAUUGGUCUCUUCACCCACAUUAAGUCCUCGUCAAAGUGUAAUAUCUACUCAGAACCAGUAUAGUACACUGUCCAAACCAGCAGCUUUAACAGGUACCCUGGAAGUGAGGCUGAUGGGCUGCCAAGAUAUCUUGGAAAACGUCCCUGGCCGAUCCAAAGCCACCUCGAUUACGCUACCUGGUUGGAGUCCAAAUGAAGCCAGAACGUCUUUCAUUGGCAGAACCAGUAAAAUUAAAAGUGGGAGCAGCAGAAACCUUCUGAAAACUGAUGACUUGUCCAAUGAAGUCUGUGCUGUACUGAAGCUGGAUAACACUGUGGUUGGUCAAACUAGCUGGAAGCCUAUUUCCAACCAGUCCUGGGAUCAGAAAUUUACACUGGAACUAGACAGGUCACGUGAGUUGGAAAUCUCUGUUUAUUGGCGUGACUGGAGAUCUUUGUGUGCAGUAAAGUUUCUGAGGUUGGAAGAUUUCCUGGAUAACCAACGGCAUGGCAUGUGUCUCUAUCUUGAACCCCAGGGUACUCUGUUUGCAGAGGUUACGUUUUUUAAUCCAGUUAUUGAAAGAAGACCAAAACUCCAGAGGCAGAAGAAAAUCUUUUCAAAACAGCAAGGCAAAACAUUUCUCAGAGCUCCUCAAAUGAAUAUUAAUAUUGCCACUUGGGGAAGGCUGGUGAGAAGAGCUAUUCCGACAGUAAAUCACUCUGGCACCUUCAGCCCUCAAGCACCAGUGCCUGCUACCGGGCCAGUGGUUGAUGCACACAUUCCUGAGCUAACACUGCCAGCCAGUGACUCUGCUGUAGCCAAGUUGGACUUUGAACUUGAGCCUGAGCCACCACCUGCUCCACCACGAGCAUCUUCCCUUGGGGAAAUAUGCGAGUCUUCCUCUGAGAUUAAGGCUCCUGAUGUGCCAUCUCAGGAUGAAGUAACAACUUUUGACUUUGAAAAUGGCAGAAAUAGUAUUGUCCCAAAACUCCAGCCUGAAAUAAUCUGUGAGUCUGAUGCUCCCCGUUCAGACAUAAAAUACACCAACACCCGAGAGCCUGAAGACAGAAGAUCACAACAAAGAUUUCAAUUCAGUCUGAAGGAUUUCAGAUGUUGUGCUGUACUGGGCAGAGGACAUUUUGGAAAGGUGCUGUUGGCAGAGUACAAAAACACAAAUGAGAUGUUUGCUAUUAAAGCCUUAAAGAAAGGAGAUAUUGUUGCUCGUGAUGAAGUAGACAGCUUGAUGUGUGAAAAGCGAAUAUUUGAAACUGUGAAUAGCGUAAGACAUCCCUUCUUGGUGAACCUUUUUGCUUGUUUCCAAACCAAAGAUCACGUUUGCUUUGUAAUGGAAUAUGCUGCUGGUGGAGAUCUGAUGAUGCACAUUCAUACUGAUGUCUUCUCUGAACCCAGAGCAGUAUUCUAUGCUGCAUGUGUGGUUCUUGGACUUCAGUAUUUACAUGAACACAAGAUCGUGUAUAGGGAUUUGAAGUUGGAUAACUUGUUGCUGGACACAGAAGGCUUUGUGAAAAUCGCUGACUUUGGUCUUUGCAAAGAAGGAAUGGGAUUUGGAGACAGAACAAGCACGUUCUGUGGCACGCCAGAAUUUCUUGCUCCAGAGGUGCUGACAGAAACUUCCUAUACCAGAGCUGUAGACUGGUGGGGUCUUGGUGUACUCAUCUAUGAGAUGCUAGUGGGUGAGUCUCCCUUCCCUGGAGAUGAUGAAGAAGAGGUGUUUGACAGUAUUGUAAAUGAUGAAGUAAGAUAUCCACGGUUCCUGUCUACAGAGGCCAUCUCUAUAAUGAGACGGCUGCUACGAAGAAAUCCAGAGCGACGUCUUGGAGCUGGAGAGAAAGAUGCUGAGGAUGUGAAAAAGCAUCACUUCUUCAGGCUAAUAGAUUGGAAUGCUUUACUGGCCAAGAAAGUGAAGCCUCCUUUUGUACCCACCAUUAGAGGACGAGAAGAUGUUAGUAAUUUUGAUGAUGAAUUUACCUCCGAAGCACCUAUCCUCACUCCACCUCGCGAACCCAGGAUACUUUCAGAAGAAGAGCAGGAAAUGUUCAGAGAUUUUGAUUACAUUGCUGAUUGGUGUUAACUUCUAGACACUGUGAAACCCCGGCUGACUGGCUCACAAGAAUGCCUCUCUCAGAAUACCGACCCUUCGAUUGCUCUCUGUGCCACCUGUAGCUUGGUUUUUUGUUUUUUUUUAAAUCACAUGAAGAUCCUUUUAAGUACUGUUUUGACACUCUUGUGAAGAGUGGCCUCUUUGUAUAUUGUUUUUUAUCUGAGCACUGGAAAGCAGGUCUAUGGAGUUCUUGAGUUGGUGAACCCAGCUGUAUUGAGCUUCCCACACAUGGGCACAGAUGGGGUCUGCACUGUUUCUCUCACAGCAGAUCACAUCACUUCUUUAAAGUGUCUGCCUGAAGUGGGGAAAGCAGACUCUGAGCUAGGUGAUCACUGAUCUCUGCUCAGCCACACCGAGAUAGAAGUUUGGGAUCUUGAAUGACACUCACACAGAACAUGGCUCUAAGCUGGAGAAGGCAAAUGAUUUCAGUUACACAUUAUCGUGUGCAGUCUAUAAAACUACACAUUUCUAUGUACACCUUCAUCUUGUGUUCUUAAAAAUAAUGGUAUGGAGAACAGAUAUGCCUUGUUUUGUAAAUUUUCUAUGGUAUUUAUUAGGAAAACUGUUAAACGCCUUGCCUUUGAGAUAACAACAGUGUAAGUGCUUCCAUUACAACAAAGAAAUCCAGAAAAAUCCGGAAAGUUUACCAAAGCCACUUGCCAAACAGUUUUGCCUUCAAGCUCUUUAAGCAUGGCUUAAAACCCUGGUUGAUCUGAAGAAUGUGAGGAGGAUGGUGCUCAGUCUAACCCCACAGAGCAAAAUGUAUGCAUUUCCCAAGCCCAUCCAGCCACUUCUGUACUCAAACCCAUGCCUUUUCCACUCGAGUGGACAGCUAAGUUAACCAGUCUGUAUCUAACCACCUAGAUCAUCCUCUAUCUGCUGUACAAUAUCAUAUCACUUUUAGAAAACAUAAGGAUUUUCAAUGUAUACAUGCUGUGAACAUGUAUAUUUGGAAGUUGUAAUGUAUUCUUAUGUCCAGGCAAGUAAUUUAAUUAUACCACUUCAUUGAUGUUACACAGUGGCCAAGUGAACAAUGUACAACUCAAAG